AUGAUGUUACAACAACAAAUCAAUAAAGAAGAAAGAAUGCAACAACAACACAAGAUGAGAUAUUACGAACUCUACAGGAGAUCUACCAUCGGUGAAGCACUGACAGAUACACUCGAUGAAUUGGUGACCAAUCAAUAUAUAAGUCAGCAACUCUACGAUAAAGUUUUAUUACAAUUCGAUAAAUCUAUAAAUGAAGCAUUAGCAGACACAGUUAAAUCAAAAGCAUCUUUUAAGGGAGAUUUACACACUUACAGAUUCUGUGAUAAUGUAUGGACAUUCAUCUUGGAAAAUGCAGAGUUCAAAACAGAAAAUGAAACAAUCAAGGUCGAUAACGUAAAGAUUGUUGCUUGUGAUGCUAAUAUCUCAAAUGAAAAAGACAAGAAAGACGAGAAAUAA